AUGGCGCAACUCUCAGACUUCCGUGUGCUGUCCUUCGACGUCUACGGCACUUUGAUCGACUGGGAAGGGGGCAUCCUUGGUGCAUUCCAACCUACUCUGGACAAGAACCAAGCUCAGUUCACACGCAAGCAUCUCCUUACACUCUACCAUGAGCUGGAGCGUGAACAACAGACCAAGACUCCCGAAAUGCCAUACCAUCAAUUGUUGACAACAAUCCACCCCGAACUCGCCAAGCGUUUGGGUUUGGAGAUUCCUUCUCAAGAGGAAAGCAAGCAAUUCGGAGAGUCAAUCGGCAAUUGGCCCGCUUUCCCUGAUACGGUGGAUGCUCUCAAGCGUCUUUCAAAGCAUUACAAGCUGGUGGUUCUAUCGAAUGUCGAUCGUGAAUCUUUCGCAAAGUCCAACGCAGGCAGUCUCGAAGGCUUCCCAUUCGAUCUGAUCAUCACUGCUCAAGAUGUGGGCUCAUACAAGCCGGAUCUUCGCAAUUUUGAAUACAUGCUGAAGACGGUGAAAUCAACUUUCGAUGUCGAACCUUCUCAGGUCCUUCAAACUGCUCAGAGUCAGUUCCACGAUCAUCACCCCGCAAAGAAAAUUGGGAUCAAAUCUGCUUGGAUUGAGCGACCAGGCGCCACAAUGGGAAAUUUGGCAGAGAAUGUAUUUGACUGGCGCUUUGAUACUAUGGGAGAUAUGGCCGGAGAAGUUGAGGCCGGAAAAUGA